CUCAUCUGAAAUCAUCCGUCAGUCAUGCUCCAGAUUGCAGACAACAUCGUCGUCUUGCUAGCAGAAGUUCCGCUUUGAACUCCAUCGAAUCCAGCAGAAAGCAGCCCGCACAGGAUUUUUCACUGCCAGUGUCGGUUAGGAGGAGAACUUUUCCGGUGCCAGCUGCUACGCCAUCAGUUUCAUUCGAGACGAAGGUUUUGUUUACCGUAGAUAACCAGCGACGAAGUGUGCCACUGACAAUUACGAGGCUGAUUUAUACCAGAUUGACUAAUCAUCGACCGCUAUGGAAGACGAAUCCUUUAUUCUGGAUGAGCUGGAUCAAGAUGUCGACACGUCAACCGUCACUAGGCCAACUAUUGAACCACUUUCUAGCACCAUGAACAUUGGUUUUCCUUAUACUACAUCCGUUUCUAUUAUGACCCAACUGGCCACGGAAGCAUCCAAAUAUCUAACCCCAUCCGUGACACCCACGAGCUAUCCUAUUUCAGAAGUAACAUCCACGCUGGAAAUAACCACGUCGGAAACAUUUUCCAUAGUCGAUGUAGCAGAUCUUAAGUUUUCCACCGCAGAUUAUGCGCUCUUCGUGUUGAUGCUAUUAUUCUCGACCCUUAUAGGGGUCUACUUUGGCUUUCUGUCAAAAAUCAAACAGAACAACACUAAAGAGUACCUUCUGGGUGGAAAAACUAUGAGCAAGUUUCCAGUUUCGGCAUCUCUGAUAGCAUCACACGUUUCUGGUAUCACAAUGUUGGGAGUACCGUCGGAAUUGUAUGCACAUGGAACUCAGUACUGUGUCUUCAUCGUUUGUGCAUUUAUGGUGUUCAUCUUGAUGGAGAAAAUUUAUCUGCCGGUGUUCUACGAUCUACAGUUGACAUCAUCGUUCACCUAUCUGCAGAAGCGGUUCGACCGAACCGUUCGUUCUGCUGCCAGUUUCGUCUACGCCCUGGCCUGUUUGAUUUUUCUUCCGAUCGUGAUCUACGUUCCGGCGUUGGCAUUCAGCCAAGUCACCGGAAUCAAUCUUCAUCUCAUCACACCGUUACUGUCGGUCAUUUGUAUCUUCUAUACUACCAUCGGAGGACUUCGGGCAGUCGUUUGGACCGAUACUCUUCAGUUCAUUAUAAUGAUCGGAGCUACCUUGCUAAUUAUUGGUCUAGGAAUAGCUAAUGUAGGAGGAUUUUUUGAAGUUUGGGAAGCGGCUGAACGUGGUAACCGAUUAAUUUUCUUUGAUAUGAACCCGAACCCUUUUGUGAGGACUUCGUUUUGGGCCGUUGCAAUAGGUCUAUCGACGAUGUGGGUCGCCAACUUAGGAGUCAGCCAAAGUUGCGUUCAACGAUUCUUGGCCGUACCAGACUUGAAAGUUGCCAAAAAGUCUCUCAUUAUCUUCACGGGUGGUCUCAUUUUCAUCAAAAGCUGUUCCUGUUUUAUGGGUUUGUUGAUGUAUGCCAAAUACGAAACUUGUGACCCAUAUACGAUUAAACGAAUCAACAAACUUGAUCAGAUGCUUCCAUAUUAUGUAAUGGACAUAGGUGGGAAAAUACCCGGUCUUCCUGGACUGUUCGUUUCGGGAAUAUUUUCUGCUGCAUUGUCGACAAUGUCAUCCGUACUGAACACGCUUGCUGGAACAAUCUACGAAGAUCUUAUUCGCCAUCACUACCCACACUCAAGCGAAAAGACGGCAAGUAAUAUAAUGAAAUGUUUGGUGGUUAUUCUAGGGUUUCUAGUCAUUGGAUUAGUUUUCGUGGUGGAAAAGCUUGGACAGGUUAUGCACAUGGCUAUCUCACUCUCUGGAAUCACUUCUGGAACGUUGCUGGGUAUGUUCACCUCCGGAAUGGUUUCCACCGUAAUCAACACGAAAGGAGUGAUAGCUGGUUCGGUUACUUCGCUGCUUUGUAUUGGAUCAAUUCUGGUGGGAGCACAAAUGAAUCCGAAGCACCCUCCGCUACCAUUCAGAACUGACGGUUGCGAUGCCAGUUUGCUCCAUAAUGUAACAUUGGUCAAUCCAGUUCCACCAGCAGUACACGAUGAAAUCCCAAAAAUUUUCAAGCUCAGCUUCAUGUACUACUCUUUUUUGGGUGUUCUAAUCUAUUUCGCGGUUGCGUAUGUGGUUAGCUUACUGACUGGCGGAGGAGAGGUCAAUGACCAGCGACUGUUGGCCCCGUUCAUGAGGAAUCAAAAACAGUACGAAAAAGAGCAAACGCUUCGGAUGCACAACCUGCAGUACGAAGAACUUGAUUUGGCACUCAAGGAACUACAGAAAUCAUCCGAUAUUAAACAAUAGGGGCCUAAAAAUUAAGUAUGGUCAAAAUUGAAUAAACAUUAGGAGCCAAAAGUCCAUUCUAUU